UGGAGCUUUUAAAUACAUUAUUAAAGGCUUAUUGAGACAUUUGUUGCGACCCGAAAGAAGCAAAGUGUAGCCUGUGUGGGAAUUGUAAAUAUCUGUUAAAUAUGUGACCAUGUCUGACUGACACUUUGUUUUUAGUGAAUUACUGCACUAAAAUGCUAAAUUGUUAAUUAUCUAACUUCUCUAACUGUUCUAGUACAGCAUACUUCAAAAAUUGUUGUACAAACUGCGUUAUCUGAUUAAAAUCAUAAAGGUAGAGUUUUUAAAAACAUUAUAAAAUGCUUCUUGAGACAGAAAAACAAUACAUUAUAUCAAUCUGUUGAUAUUUGUUGCGGCCUGUAAGAAGCAAAGUGUAACCGGUGUGGGAAUUGUAAAUAUCUGUUAAUAUGUGACCAUGUCUGACUGCCACUUUGUUUGAAUUAAUGAGUGCAUUAAAAUGCUACAUUUUUAAUUGACUGUAGGCAAUUGAAAAUAGUCUCUUUUGAAUUUAACAUAUAAAUGUGGAAAAUCUCUUAGUUCGGACUGUCUAACCUUGACCCCUAACCUGCACAAAAGAUAAUUAUCACAUGGAAAUGAUUGAAUUCAAAUCUAUAUUUAACUCUUAACGCCAACAGCUCUACCCUCAACUAUGUCCUCUUCUUUUUAACUCAAAGGUGUUUAGUGACAUCUAAAAAGAGUAACAGUGCAAAGCCCCAUUGUAAACACAGUGAAGAUAUAUCAUUAUGAGCACGAGGUGCAUUUUUCUCUUGAUGAUGCAUGAUAAAGCUAUGUGUAACUUACUGAAUACACUUGUCACUUUUUCAUUAUUUAAAAAAAAUAUUUGGGCUGUACAUUUGGCAUCCUAUAAUAAGUCUAGAAUAAAGUGUCUUGCCAAAAUACUGCAUAUCCCAGAUGUUUGGCAGUGGCAUUAUGUAAACAAACUAACAAUUAAAGGGUUACAAUUAUAAAAUUGAUGAAUAUUUGGGAGUUACAAUUAGGGGAAAGGGCUAGAAAUAUAACAUAUAAAUGUGGAAAAUCUCUUAGUUCGGACUGUCUAACCUUGACCCCGAACAAUAAACUUGAGUGCUUAUUGGGUUUGAACAUAUCAGGUGAUGUGAUUUGUGAAAUGAGGGAGGGUGUGGCCUAAGGAGAUCAACAUCUGAUAUCAAGGUGUGCAUAAUUAUUAGGCAGCUUGUUUUCCGGAGACAAAAUGGGCUGAAAAAGGUUUGAGGUUUGGUGAUUGCAUCAUUUAACUACACUGCCUGUUUUCACAUUAGAACUAAUGUUCACUGACGGAAUGCUGAAUGUUCCAUCACACAUGCUAUGACAUCAGAAACAUUCUAAUUUAUGUGCGAAAUCAACAUUCUUCAUUCUAAUGUUAUCCACCUCACAAGACAAAACCUCAGUCUGACUUCAACUUCUGAACUGAACAGUUUGAUACAAAUUCAAACAGCUCAACCUAAGUUAACUACUAGACAAACUGCCCCAUUCUGUAUCUGAUACAGUUAUCUUUGCAGAAAUGGAAACGAAUAAACCACUAGUAAACACAAUCUCAGACAACUAUAAGAUCCUGAAAGUUCUGGGACAGGGCUGCUUCGGACAGGUCGUCCACUGUCUAAAACAGGACACAAAAGAGAAUGUAGCUGUGAAGGUGUUAAAACUAAGAAAUCAGCAACAUGGGAACCAGAGAGAGCUGCGCAUACUGAAAAAGCUCAGAUGUUUGGACCCUGAGAAGAACAACAUUGUCAGAUGCCUUGAAUGGUUCUGCAAGAUCGACCGGACCUUCAUGGUCUUUGAAAUGCUGGACAUGAGCAUCUUAGAUUACAUGCGGCUGACAAACUUUGCUCCUCUUCCCCUACACGGAAUAAGGACCAUCAUCCAAGAUGUGGUGACGGCAUUAUCUGCGCUGAAGGGAUUUGGACUGAUCCACACAGACUUGAAAUUGGACAACAUCAUGCUGGUGGACCAUCGGAGACAGCCCUUCAGAGUGAAGCUAAUUGACUUUGGCUUAACUCUUGAGAAACCUGAAGUCCAUCCUGGACUUGGUGUUCAGCCUCUUUGGAACAGGGCUCCUGAAGUCAUUGUGGGCUUCCCAUUCAGUGAGGCCAUCGACAUUUGGUCUCUUGGCACAGUGAUGGCAGAGCUUCUCCUCGGCUUUCCACUUUUCCCGGGGCAAUAUGAGUAUCAGGUGCUGAGUUUCAUCAUCGACCUCCUGGGUGAUCUUCCAAAGAGAAUUCUGGAUAGAGGAUUAAAUACUUCAACGUACUUCAAUGCGAAACACAAGUACUUUGCGUUUUUGAACUGGGAACUCAUGAAGCCAUUUCACUACGAGGCUGUGACGGGACACAAGAUGGUGGAUAGGAGGAAGUACAGGUUUUCCUCUCUGGAUGAUUUGAAAACAUCGAGCCAGCACACAGCAAACAGCGCAGAGGCUGCUGAUAGGAAGGAUUGUGUUGAGCUGUUAAAGGAAAUGCUUCAGAUGGAUCCCAAGAAAAGGAUAACCCCGAGCGAAAUCCUGCAACAUCCUUUCAUACUGGGGAGCUACCCCAGGCCCACCAGUCUUAGCAGUAGUAUUGCAGCCUGGCAGAAACAAUCAGUCAGCAAGAAAAACACUGCAGAGACCAAGACUAAUGACAGAACCUCUCGUACAUUUGAACCCUCCUGUAGAUAUACAAUGGAGCCGCCCCCAGGUGUCAUCAUGGUUCGGCCAGCUGAGAAGACCAUUUGGAGGGAAGAAGCCACCAAACAGAAGAGCUGCAUCAGAUACGCCAUAGAGCCCACCCAAGGAGUCAUUAUGGUUCGGCCAGCUGAGAAGGCCAUGCAGGAGUUAGCCCCCAAACAGAGGAGCAACAAUGGACCCCAGGCUGUGGAGGACCAGAAGACCGACUCUUCAGAAGGUAAGUAUGAUAGUGAAUGCACACUACAAAGCAUCAGUGACCAAACCUCUGUUUACAGUCUCACAUCGGAGUCCGACACUAGCAGUGUCACAACAAGCCCAUCUAAGGACAGUGACAUCCAGACCAUCUUCCUGGAUUCUCCCGACACCGUUUCAACGCAAGACUCGGACAGCACUGACUCGGACAGCACUGACUCGGACAGCACAGACUCGGACAGCGAAGACUCGGACAGCGAAGACUCGGACAGCGAAGACUCGGACAGUGAAGACUCGGACAGCACAGAAUCGGACAGCACAGACUCGGACAGCACCAACUCAGCAGUCGUCCUUGAGGUCAGUGAGCCCAAGAAGAAGAAAGAGAAGAAAGGGAUCCGAAGAUUCUUCUCCACCUUGAAGAGGAAGUUAUUCUCCUUCUGCUGCAUAAGUAAGGUAGACGAUUGAAAUGGUCUGAAGGUUUUGUAGUAAAACUCACGGCUAAUACAUA